AUGUUUGUGAAACGGAGAAAAGUCGCCAAUUUCAAUAAUAACUCUUUUCUGAGCAACUCCAACUACGAGAACGAUGGAGUCGGCCGCUGGGCAGGAAUGAUGAAAAUGCAAUGCAGCAAACACAAGGACUGCACCGGCAACGUUUCGGCAGAGUGUCUUCAGGUGGCGACGAACGUGACGGAACAGAAGCACAAUGUGUCUCGGGAAGUGCGCGGCCAGAAUCUUGGCCUGUGUCGUGGAUUCCGCGGGUGCACCGUUUGGCUGACAGGGCUGAGUGGUGCCGGUAAGACGUCGAUUGCGUUCGAACUGGAGGCGUACCUCGUUUCGAAGGGAAUCCCGGCGUACGGGCUCGAUGGAGACAACAUUCGUACGGGGUUGAACAAAAACCUCGGUUUCUCGCAGAUAGACCGUGAGGAAAACAUUCGGCGUGUGGCUGAGGUGGCAAAGCUGUUCGCCGACAGUGGCGUUGUGUCGAUCUGCAGUUUUGUUUCACCAUUCGCCGAGGAUCGAGAAAUGGCUCGUAAGAUUCACAAGGACGCCGAUCUGAAGUUUUUCGAAAUUUACAUCGACACGCCGCUGGAAGUUUGCGAAACGCGUGACACCAAGGGUCUGUACAAGAAGGCUCGUCAGGGUGUGAUCCAGGGCUUUACGGGAGUGACGCAGGCUUACGAGGCUCCCGACACUCCCGAUUUGCGUGUCAGCACGGAGGGCAUGACUGUUCGGGAAUCCACCCUGAAGCUGAUCAAACUGCUCGAGGAUGAAACGAUUAUACCGAAGUUCAUGAAGGAGGACGAACCGCUGGCGGAGCUGUUCGUGCCGGAGGAUCUGCGAGCUGCGCUCGAGGUGGAAGCAAAAACGCUGCCCGGUCUGACGAUCACUUCCGUGGAGCUCCAGUGGCUGCAGAUUCUGGCGGAGGGCUGGGCAUACCCGCUUAGAGGGUUCAUGCGGGAGCAAGAAUACUUACAGACGCUUCACUUCAACUGUCUGCUGAACGAAGAUGAAACACUGCGAGUCAACCAAUCGGUCCCGAUAGUGCUCUCUGUCAGCGAGCCCGAUAAGAAACGUCUAGAAGGAGUCAGUGCCCUUAUGUUGCACUACGAUGGGCGCCCGGUGGCCGUGUUGCGUAAGCCUGAGUUCUACUUCCAGCGCAAGGAGGAACGAUGUGCUCGUCAGUUUGGCACGACGAAUCGCGAUCACCCGUACAUCAAGAUGAUCUAUGAGUCUGGCGACUAUCUUGUCGGGGGUGAGAUCGAGGCGUUGGAGCGCAUCAAAUGGAACGACGGGCUGGAUGAUUAUCGACUGACGCCGAACGAGCUGCGCCAGAAGUUCCGCGAGAUGAAGGCGGAUGCUGUGUUCGCCUUUCAGCUCCGCAAUCCUAUCCAUAACGGGCACGCGCUGCUGAUGAGUGACUGUCGCCGGCAGCUGUUGGAUCGUGGCUUCCGGAACCCGGUGUUGCUGCUGCAUCCACUGGGCGGUUGGACAAAGGACGAUGACGUGCCGCUGCCGGUGCGCAUGGCCCAGCACCAGGCGGUGCUGGACUCGGGUGUGCUCGAUCGCGAUCAUACGGUGUUGGCCAUUUUCCCAUCGCCCAUGAUGUAUGCAGGCCCAACGGAAGUGCAAUGGCACGCUAAGGCUCGAAUGAAUGCUGGAGCCAACCACUACAUUGUGGGGCGCGAUCCCGCCGGUAUGCCACAUCCCGACAAGGGUCUCUACGCUGACGGCAAUCUGUACGACGGAACGCAUGGUUCACGGGUGUUGAAGAUGGCCCCCGGUCUGGAUAGCAUAGAGAUUCUUCCGUUCCGAGUGGCGGCCUACGAUAAAUCCAGCUCCCGUAUGGCAUUCUUUGAACCGGCACGCAGUCAGGACUUUGAUUUCAUUUCCGGCACCAGAAUGCGUACUCUUGCGCGCAACGGUGAAAAUCCACCCAAUGGGUUCAUGGAACCGAAGGCUUGGCAGAUACUGGCAGAAUACUACCAAUCGUUGCAGAAACCACAGCAAUAAUAGGCUGCUAAUAAUGCGGGUGCGGGCAAAGCCACGAGUGCCCAACUGUUGCGCUUAGUUUUCGUACUUCGGGCCACGCAGUAGACGUAUGGCGCGUUUGUUUAAUUACUAACAUUUUCUUUGUUAUAACGCAGGUUUUGCUAUGCAUUUACCGAAGCAUUUCUUACCAACGGAACAAAAUAAACGACCUGUAU